GUAAUGCACGGACCCAAAAUACAGACGAACCCGUUUCAACGGUCCGUCCCUUCAACAUUUCCCCCGUAUGUUACACGUGAGAAAGACAGACGUUAACUAAUAAGCAAAGAUGCCAAAAACAGCGAAAGGCAAGGGGAAAGUACAAGCGGAGAAAGUGGUUCAUCCAUACAGUAGGAAAGCUGCCUAUAUGGCAAGAGCUGUUAGCAAACAUGAGAGGAAGGAAAAGUUAAAGGGUGAAAAAGCACAGCGUCUAAACCUGAUUGGUGAAAAACUUUCGUGGUUCCAAAGCCAACUUGACCCUGACAAGGCUGAAUACACCAAACAUGAUGCUUGCGACAUCAUUGAAAGGUACCUGCACCGGUUUGAUGGAGAGCUGGAGCAGAUAGAGUUAGCGAAUAGUAUUAAAGGACGGCAGGGUCGUCAGCACGGCUCCAGAGAGGCGAUCAUCAGACAGACAAUGGAACGAGAGCGCGCACAGUAUGAAGGCAAUGGGUUUGAAAUUCCUGACAUCAUUAACUCCAAACAUUUAAAGACAUUCAGAGAAUGGAGCGGUGACCUAAAGAAACUCCCCAACAUUAAGAUGAGAAAAGUUUCAGUGAAAGGCUAUGACAGCACAGUUUCUGUUGCUUCACACAGUACACAGAUGGAGGAAGAGAAUGAAGAAAAUGAGUCAUGUCAGAAUUCUGAUACUAGCUCAUAGUACUGUGAAAUCCUGCAGUUCUACUACAUUACAGCUCAGUGUAGAGGAAACGAAAGGAUGCUGUGUGUGAGAGCAAUGGACACAAUAAUUGGGAAACAAGCUUGGGACUUGCAUGAUCUGAGAUAAACGUACAUUGGUCUCCUGUACUCAGAGGACACAUGAUCUCUUGUUAUUUACUCAUCUGGACUUGCAAAAAUUGCUUUGUGUAGAAAACGGUUACUUGGUCACUCAGGUAACACAAUAUCAUCAUAAUAUAAAUAAACAGACUAUGAAACAGUUUCAUACAUUCAGAUUUAUUGCACUGGUUUUGCAUGUUUUUUAAGAUGUGCAUUUAAGUGUUAACAUUGAUGUUCAUCACUAAAUCAAUAAACUCACUGGAUCCUAACAUGUCCAUUGAUUGUUUUUAAUAUAUUACAGUAAUCACUGCAUAAAACAAUAUUCCAAUAUCACACAUUACAAAAAUUCACAGAAUUCUUCUGAAUUAUACUCCAGACAGGAUUACCUUACUUAAACGAAUCACCAUCACAUAAAUAAACCACGGUGCCCUUCUUAAAAGCUGCAUAAGUAACGUUUUGAAAAAAAGUUAAAAUAUUAAAUAAUACAGCCGGUAAAAAGUAAUUUGCUGGGUUUGGUUUAGUGUGGGCAAAAAGUAAUUCUGGUUAAUUAAUUACCCAUUUAUCCCAACAUUUAUACAUUUGGCAAACACCUUCAUCUAAAGUGAUUUACCAGACUAAGUAUAAUUUUGUUCUCAGUUUAUGCAUCACUAGGAAUCAUACCCAUGACCUCGGCAUUGAAGAGCCAUGCUCUGUACGUGAAUGGAGACCUUUUACCAGCAUUAGUUUGUGUAGUUCUUCAAGCAUCUCUUGUCAAUUUGUCUCUGAAGUAACUGUAUCCACUGCAGUAACAAUAUAAGUGGAUUACUUUAGUUAGGCUGUAGAGAAAAUACAGUUUGGUUAUCCUUUAAAGUGUAAAAGAACAUAAAAUAUAACACGCAUAACUUGUUUUCUAACAAUAGCCAAAUCUAUAAGAAACUUAUCGUCCUCCCUGUAGAAAUGAAAAGUUAUUGUUAACCAGGAUUUAAUUUCCCUAUGGUUGGUUUAUUGUUUAUCUUUAAACAAACUAUACACAAA